CCCAAAUUUCAUGACGUAGUCGUUUGACGCGUCAUCAUUUUUUGUGCACAAGUUUAAGCACCUGCACAUAUGAAAAGGAAAUAAUCACUAAACGGGGACAGAAGUGGGAAACUUUCCCCCACUGCUGUUCUGAUCAAGAAAUUGAAGAAUUUGUGGUUGUAGAGUAGUCCCAUAGCUCAGUGUAAAAAUGGUUAAAAAGAAACCAGUCAAAAAGAAGCCAGAGAAGGUUGGAAGGGCUCCAAGAAAAAAAUCAACCAAACCACAGGAGAAAAUGCUUAGUUACGACAAACUUUGGACCAUUUAUGAGAAGAAAAAGUUACUUACUGCAUUAAAAGUUUGUUCCAUCGAUGAUUAUGCUGAAAUGCAUAAGCUUAUCCCCACAAGAUCAGAAGAGGAGAUCAAAUGGUACAUAGAUGCUAUUAGAAUAAGGGCUUCAGCUCCUGCAGAGACGCUAAAGAACAAGAUCAUGGCUCCUAUUGCGGUAUGGCUGCGUGUUGCAGAAAAUCUCGUGUCUUAUGACCAGGAUCAUUCCUAUGAUUUAGCAAAGGUCAUGUCUAUAGCUGGGAAUCUUGAGCCCCAUCGCCUGCCUAAGUCCAGAUAUGAUCCGAAUUAUCAAGAGAUUUAUAGCUACAUAGUGGCUGCUUUAAAAGGUGAAGACCCUCCAGAUCUCAGUCCUUUGGACUCUGCUGUAGUCCUGGACUUGUUACAGAAUUUAGCAGGGGUGCUGAAAGAAUCUGAUCUGGAAGAACAGAGGGAGUUGAUGAAGCAAAAGUAUGAGCUGCUUCACUUAAGAGUAGACAUACAUGACAGAAAGAAGACCUGUGAUGCCACAUGGAAAGCAAUGGAUGAUGAUGAAUUACUCAAGUCUAAGCAGACAGAAACGGGAUCGUCUAAUGCACCAGUGCCAGGCACAAGUGGGACACAACACACUCUUUCAGCAGAUAAUAACCCUGUGCCAGACAGUAGUCAGUCAAACAGUCAGCAAAUUGUAAAUGAUCAGAUCACAAUGUCAAAUGGAAAAGACUCGAAUGAUGUACCUCCAGUUCCUAUCCCAGAAAAACGAAAAAGAGGCAGACCACCAAAAAAGUCAAGAGUCAGACGUGACAGGAGCACAACUGUUGUAGUGGACUCGACAUUUAUACCUCAUAUGAAGAGGACUCAGGAUGACAGUAAUGCUCAAGAUUUUCCCUCGCAGUCUCCAUUGUUUUCUCUUAACCCAUUUAACAUUGCACCACAUCAUCUGCGACCAAAGAAGAAAGUGAUUGAGGGAGGGGAUGAAGGAGAGUAAUCUCAUAGACGUAUAUUUAUUUAUUUUCUCUUCGUAAUCUUUUUUCUUUUUUUUUAAGAAUAUAGUUAUGAUUUUUUAGAAUACUGAAAAGUAAAUUGUGUAGAGUAUUGAAUACUGUUAUCAUUGUACCACCAGCGUAGGCGCUGGCGGUACACAUGGUUUUAGU